AGAGGAGUAUGCCUACGGCACUGGGGUUUCACAUGGACCUGGGAUGGCAGGACCUCAGCCUUUCAUGCGAUUCGGCCCGACGUCCAACGCCAGCCACUACGGCCCCGACAGUCAGGCUCCCAGGAUCAACUGGAAAGAUUUGAGCCGCGAGGAGCGCACCGAGGUCCUGCGGCUGCCAUGGACGCAGUGGAUGAACAGCAACGUCAAGAAUCACUUUGUCGCGAUGCUCGGAGAGCUGAUCGGAACAACCAUGUUCCUCUUCUUCGCAUUUGCGGGCGUCGAGGUUGCUAACAUUGGCCUGCCGUCAUCAGCCCCCUUCAACUUGGCCAAGCAGCUGUACAUUUCGCUAAGCUUUGGCUUCUCGCUCAUGGUCAACGUGUGGAUCUUCUUUCGCAUCAGUGGCGCCCAGUUCAACCCGGCCGUUACCCUGGCACUCUGGAUGACUGGUGCGGUCGAUGCGGUCCGAGGUGUCUGCCUGGUUAUUUCACAGCUCUGCGGUGGUAUGCUUGCUAGCGUUAUCGUGAGGUUCCUCUUUCCGCAAAGGUUCAGCGUACGGACUAGCCUCUCGCAGAACACAUCUCUUGUUCAGGGGGUCUUUAUCGAGGCCUUGCUCACGUCGGAGCUCGUCUUCACCAUCCUGAUGCUGGCCAAGGAGAAGCACAAGGCCACAUACAUGGCGCCUGUCGGAAUUGGUUUGGCUCUCUGGAUCGAUCACAUGGUUGGUGUGCCGUUCACCGGGGCUGGGAUUAACCCCGCGCGCAGCUUCGGACCCUGUGUCGUUACCGCGACUUUUGAGCCCGAACAUUGGAUAUACUGGGUUGGACCGGGCAUUGGAGCCCUGAUCGCCGUGGCUUUCUACAAGCUGAUCAAGGUUUUGGAGUACGAGAGCCUGCAAAAUACGUCAUGA